UUGUCGACGUUAGUCGAAGAAGGGAUAGAUAAACUUCGUGCUUUUAUACCCGACACCACCCUUGUCGCAGCGCUGGACGCCGUGGACCGGGAUCGUGUAUUGCGAUACAAGACCACAUGGGGAAGGUGCCACUACGAGGUUUUCGGUUCAACCUCCACCUAUUAUACUGUUUUUCCGCAGCUGGGAUUUUCUGCGAAGGUGUUCUGCUACUGCACAUGUCCCGCCUUCGCAUUCGCAGUCUUGGUGAGCAACUCGCAUCUUAUGUGUAAACACGUCCUGGCUGUGUGUCUUGCAGAACAGCUGUCGAAGUGUAUUGAACGUACGGUGACUGAUGAAGAAUUUGUUGCCCGGACUACUGCCUACCUGUGA